AUGGAUGACAAGCAGUUCCACCUGGGCCCGUCUGUGCCUGCCAUGAGUGCCAGUCAGACCCCGUCGUCAGCGGGGGACGUGGACGCUGCAGGGCCCACCUCCUUGCCAGAAUCCGCAGAGCCACUCAGUAGACGACCAGAUGCUCACGACGAUAUGGCACAUUCGCAUACUGAAGUUCGCCACGAGCAUCCUGACCCAUUUCUCCACCCUUCCCAUCUUGCUCAUGAAUCCGCCGAAAUGCCAACAAUUCAGCCAUAUGCAUUAACGGCAACUAACCUUGAAGAAAACACCCCAGGAUCUAUUCGGCUCGGCCCAGGCGAGUUCGCAGUGACUCUUCCCAUGGAUUCUCGAAUCAAGGACGAUUACGAGCGAGUGUUGAUGAAGGCGAACCCGACCAUUCGAGACUUCCUCGCGACAUUUAACGUCCCCUCAGACGAUCCCGAUCACGAGCGAGCCUCUCUCCAGUCAAAGGUACAAGACAUCAUAUCCCGGUUAAACAACGUAUCGACUCAUCCGGAUCUAAACACCUCUCCUCACAUGGCAUCUGUCAUUCCAGAGUUUGAAAAAGAGGCUUCGUGGGCUGAAUACUCGAGCACGAAAUUCUUCUUCCUCGGCCACUUGAUUGAUAUUGCUAGCACACGUGACCUCCACCUUGUUAUUGCCGCUCAAAAUGAGAGGAAGCAGAAUAUCGUUGAGCGAUAUUUGCUUGGCAAAGGAUUUGCCUACACCCGUCCACGAGAAGAGAUGGGCGGAGCUGUAGAAGUGUCUCUUGUGAAGGACAAUUUGAGCUUCGGGGUGCAUUCCACGGACAGUGUUCGCGAUCUUUACAAAGCUCCGUCCGCAAUCUUGGUUCUCGACUCUACUUUCAACCCCAAAGCACCCUCUGUUGAGUACAUCAGAACCACUUACACACGUAACGGAGGCCUUUUGCCAGUGAUAUGGCUUCUGAUCUCUAAUGCUUGCGAGCAUAUUCAGCGCUGCCUACCUGAUACCUCUGAACCUGAGCAGCUGCGGUUCCUUUUGCACUACACGGCUCGCCUUCAUCACGACGUAGGUGAUCUUCAAGAUGAUGCGCUUGGCAUCCACGAGAGUGCUGAAGAGAUUCUGAGUUACCUUGUUGAUCCCCUGGUCGUUGCUUGGCCUUUGCCUAUGAUUGAGCCUUUGCAUGGAGGGUUUGAUAUGGAAGACUCGACACCUCCAUCGUCAGAAGAAUCUCACCUUGCUGCACCAAAACGCUCAUUGCCGGAGGAUGACGAAGACGAUCCGACAGCGAAACGUGCUCGCCUUCAAACCCAAGGAUCCCUUAGAUCGCCAAAAAAAUUCACCCCUCGCUCCCUCCCGGAGGGCCUGGACCCAAAUCAACUAAUGCAAUUGAGAAGUGCUGCGGCCGAGGCGGAAAAGCUCAAAGCACAGAUGCAGGCCAUGGAGAAAGCCUUGGGUAUUCUUCAGCACCGCUAUGAAACCCGAACAAGUGUUUUGCACCAAAUCCGACGAGAACGAGAUAAUUUGAUCGAGAGCAAAGCCAGCAACGAACAGCGAGUUGAAAAAUUCAAAGAAGAUAAUGCAAAACUCAAGGCCGACCGGGCUCGGCUAGAGACUGAACUUUCACAAGCUCGAGAGGAGAUCAAGCAUGGAGGGGGAACCCUAGCCCAGCUAGAAGCUGCCAGAGAAGAAAUCCGACAAGUCGAGGCCAACCGCGCCGAAUACACCCGUGAACAAUAUCAAACAGCAUCCACUGUCGCCGCCCAAUCAGGAAACGAAGCGCGACAACUUCGUGAUGAGAACGAGGACUUAAAGCGGCGAGUGGCUACAAACCUCGCGGAGCUCAAGAAAGUGAACAACAAUGCUGCCUUGGCCAUGCAUACCGCCCGCAUCGAAGAGCUAGAGUUGAUUCUUGCUUCACGGGAUGACCUUUUACGCAGGAAAGAAGAGGAGAUCCGGGACCUUCGCAGAAACCGCCCAUCAACCCGUUCAACAAGUACGCAGCCUCGAAGUCCCAAGUGGGGUGCUAAUAGCCGGCCUACCAGCCCCGGGAUUAACAACGGGAAUGGAAAUGGAAUGGUGGCCUCGCGGGCCGAGGGAGUGCAUUGCGUUUUAGCUCAGAUGUUUAAGACAUUACUAUGA